CUUGCCUCUGCCUCAAAACACGAAUGAGACAGACAUAAUCUAUUUCAAUAUAUUGGUCAAUUCGCGAGGUCACGUCAGACAGCGGCAGGACAGUGUACAUAGACUAAGCAUGUGACCCGUUCCGCCAAAUUUGUAUCGGUACAUUGAAGUGCUACAAGCAGUGGAAAUGUGUGUACACAUAUGUAUGACGAGGUGUUGUACUUGCUUUCUAGGCGUACUCGACUCUACUACCGGCCUUGCCCUCAAUACUGUUCCACGCUGGGUGAUCAAGGGAUCUCUUAUGAAAGACUCCCGUACUCCUAGAAAGGAGCUGUGGUCAAGAACAUCAGGACCAAGGAGCACUGGGCAAGCUUCAUCGGACACUGCUCAAGUACACUUUGUUCACUGAUGACCGACUCCAUUGACUAGCAAUGGUCGACACAAAACAUAAGGGC